ACCAUUGGAGAACUUUGACCAAUCAACGGAAGCCAUGCAACUCUUCUUCAAGAUGGCGGGAAAAAUGUAAACAAACCCGAACAACCACUGCAUUGCAUUUUAAUUAAGAAAAAUGUUGGCAGAAAAGGCUUUAGAUCUUCUUCGAGAAUUACAAAGGACAUUGGAUGGAUCUUUACCACCAUACAAUGAGGAUGCAAUCAGACAAAUCUUAGAAGAAAUGAAAGCACUUUUUGAGCAGAACCAGAAAGACGUGAGUGCUACAAUUGCUGGAGAAAAUGGUCUGUAUUCUGGUGUACAACUAAGGCAUUCUGCUCUGGAGCGUAACAAACGAUGUCUUCUUGCUUAUUUAUACAACAGAUUAGAACAGAUCAGGAGAAUGCGUUGGGAGUUUGGGAGUGUUCUGCCUCCAGAGGUCAAGUUCAACAUGUGUGAACAGGAGAUCCAGUGGUUUAGCAAGUAUAACAAGAUGCUGGCUACUUACAUGAGGUCUAUAGGAGGAGAAGGAGGAUUAGAUCUUACUCAGGACCUAAAGCCCCCUAAAACACUGUAUAUAGAGGUGAGAUGUUUAAUGGACCAUGGGGAAUUUGAAACGCAAGAUGGAAAUAUUCUGUUGUUAAAGAAGAAUAGUCAGCACUUCAUGUUACGAUCAGAGUGUGAACAUUUAAUUCGUCAGGGAAUCUUGGAGCACAUUGUACAUUAGA